UUGAAUGUUUUUGUCAACUACCAAGUGGGACCAGAAAAUAAAAUAAUAAGGUGUCUCAUGUUAUUCCACCCCACCAGAGUCCGUAUAUAAAAUAAACAUGUUUGUAUACCGACUCUGCACCCCACUAUAUCUCUAGUAUAGGCCGUGAUUGCUGUAACGACCAUCAUUAUAUAAAAAUAAAACAGGUCCGCGUUUAUUUAAGUCGGCUGAAGUCUCGGUUAGUUUUCUUUUAAAAUGACCACCGAAAAGGGGGAGCGGCCGAGUAAGAUUCUGUGCGUUGGAUUAAUCUGUGUUGAUGUCGUAUCAAUUACGAAGCACUAUCCGGACGAAGGCUCUGAUUACCGGCUGUUGGGAACCCAUUGGCAGAAAGGAGGCAAUGCAGCAAACUCAAGUGCAGUUCUCAGCAUUUUGGGAAAUAAAGUUGAUUUUUUUGGAGCUAUUCCUAUUCCAAAGAAAUCAGACAUACAUGGAACCAUAUGUGUUGGGUACAUAAAAGAUCGGAUGGAUUAUUAUAAUGUGGGAAUGGACAAUGUGGUUGAAAGACCUGGGGAGGCUUUGCCUUUUUCUACUGUCCUUAUUAACAAUGAAACAGGCUCCAGGACCAUUCUACACUAUAGAAAAGGUUUACAAGAAUUGUUGUAUGAAGAUUUUAAGAAGGUUGACAUCAGCGAAUACUCGUGGAUACAUUUUGAGGGUAGAAACAUUGAAGAAGUGGUAAAGAUGAUAGACAGAGUUGUAAAAUACAAUGAUGACAAUUGCCACUCAAAAAUUACAAUUUCGGUUGAGCUUGAAAAGCCAAGAAGAGCAAAUUCUUGUUUGCUGCUUCCACAUGCAGAUCUGGCUGUAAUUAGUCAAGAUUACGCUGAAUUCAACGGACAAUCAAGCGCCAUAGAUGCAGUUGAUUAUUACAGAGCAAAAUGUAAAAAGGGCGCUUCUGUCGUGUGCGCAUGGGGUUCCGCCGGCGCGGCAUCUGGAGUAGCUGGCUUACCAAAAUCAUCUGAAAUGACGGACGCCUUUCCUCCCGAGCGUGUUGUGGACACCCUUGGGGCCGGGGACACGUUUCUCGCGGGACUUGUGCAUUCUGUUUCCCGCGGCCACCCGCUUUUGUCGUCGGUAAAAUUCGCGUGCAGACUUGCGGGUUGCAAAGUCGGUUUCUACGGAUACGAAGCGUUACGAGAAUUUAACUACACCAACGGAAAGUAAACCAGACAAGUUCAAAAAGUCAGGAUCUUAUUCAAGUAGGAUUCAAACCUGGAAAUCCGGUGUCAUAUUUACCUGUGUUUCAUUUUUAGUACUUUUUUAGAAAACAGCAUGCCUAUAUUUGAUUAUUAUUUUUAGCCUAUUAUUUUAUGAAUAUUCAGCCCAUUAUAAAUCGAAAGCGGGCAUGAGGUGUUACAUAUAUAUGCUUCAUGAUAAAAAAAAUCAUCCUGUUAUAGCUCGACAGUGAGCACGGGGUAAAUGAAUAGUACUCCGAUAGUUAGGAGGUUAUUGCGAGUUAUCGCAGAAGGCAAUCUAGCGCAUUUUGUAAAACCAACCUAAAAGCGCGUUUACUAAUUGUAGUUGCUGUGAUCCCCGCUUACCAAUUAUUACUACCCGUCUUUCGUGCACUGAACAGUAAACUUGUGUGGAGUGCGUUGCACAGAAGGUUAAGUUAAGCGGUAAAAGAGUGGUGUAAGCCUAUAUUGAAACAGCAAUCGUAAGUUAUAUUGAAUAUUUUGACGCCCUUUAUUUAUGCGUUAGGAAAUAUUAUGUAACAAUGUAGUACGAUUUUAGACCCUAUUAAUACUUGUAUAUAUUCGUAUUGUACAUUUAACAUGAUAUACUAAUUGUUAGUUUGUGUUAGGUACUUUUAAAAUGCUAAAUUAAAUGUUUAGUACUGUAUGAAAUAACUGCCGCAUCUAAUAUUUAAUAACAGUUAUAACUUUUGAAGUUGCUCUCCCAAGCGACGAUAAAUAAGUAAUGUUCAUUUAAUUGAUGUGUAUAUCACUUGGUGUAUAUAGACUAAUUGCAUGUUUCUUCGAUGUGGCCUCCAUAAUGUUGUACGUGCUAUAUCACUAUGAUAGGUAAUAAUGCGAAAUGCUUUGUGUUACAGUCAUCAUAAUAUUUUUCAUUAAUAUUUAAUGGCGAUAUUUCUGACUGAGUUUCUUUUCGCAUAUGUCGCGUAUAUCGCAGUUUGUGAUAAACUGUAUAUUACUCUAGUUGAAGAUUUUACAUGAACGCUAAAAUCGUUAACCAAGAUAUAAUAUAGUAGAAUGGGGAAAGAUGGGACACCUUUUAUUUUGUCGUCAGAUUUGAUAGUAAACAAAGAAAAUUCAAGAAAUUGUAAAAUUCUCACGAAUCCCUUUAGGCCGUUAAUUGCUUGAAACACGAUCAGUAUAUUUGGCUAUUAUGAGCUAUAGAGGUUUCCCGCCUUCCCCCACCUACUGUAUAAAGAAUAUCAGAGUUUUAAAUUAAGGUAAUAUUGAUUUUUCAUUAAUAAUCGCCACUGUAAUUAGGUAUUGAAAUUAAAGUAUCUCCAUGUCUGAUUAAUGUGACGUUCAUGUUGUUAUAUUCAGUGAUUUUUAACUUUGUGCUUAAUGUUUUCAGUUGAUUAAAUGUUGGCGUGUUUCUGUCGGUGCAAAAAAUAAAAUAGGCGACACUUA